AAAUUCAGGAGAAAAAUCGACGAAAUAUAUAUAUUUUUUGUUUUUAAUUUAUUCGAAAGGUAUGGACUUUAAGCCCAUGUUUAAAUUCAUCAAGUCCAUGACUCAGCCCAAGCCCAAUCCCAUUAAAAAUCCCACAACACCCUAUAUUUCUUUUGACGUCACUCUUUUUUCUUCUUACCCAGAAUCAAAAUUCCCACGCCAAAACCCUAACCCUAGAAACUCCAGAAGCUCCAAAAAUGGUGUGCAUACGCAAGGCCACAAUCGACGACCUCUUGGCGAUGCAAGCCUGCAACCUUUUCUGCCUCCCUGAGAAUUACCAGAUGAAGUACUACCUCUAUCACAUCCUCUCAUGGCCGCAGCUCCUCUACGUCGCCGAGGACUACAACGGCCGCAUCGUUGGCUACGUCCUGGCCAAGAUGGAGGAGGAGAGCAACGAGUGCCACGGCCACAUCACCUCCCUCGCCGUCCUCCGCACCCACCGCAAACUCGGUCUCGCCACCAAGCUCAUGAGCGCCGCCCAGAACGCCAUGGAACAGGUGUUUGCGGCGGAGUACGUGUCUCUUCAUGUGAGGAAGAGCAAUCGGGCAGCGUUCAAUUUGUACACGGAGACUUUGGGGUAUAAGAUUCAUGAUGUGGAGGCGAAGUACUAUGCCGAUGGGGAAGAUGCGUAUGAUAUGAGGAAGGAGCUCAAGGGAAAGAAGGUGUAUGGACAUAGUCAUGGGCAUGGGCAUCACCACCAUCAUCACCAUCAUGAAGGUGGGUGUUGCUCAGGGGAGGUGGCAAAACCAGAUAAGGCAGAGGCGAAAAAGGUCGGGAGAGGGAAUGCCAAGGCGGAGGCCAAAGCGGUAUGAGAGUGCGAGUGGGCAAAGAGAUUGAAUAGAAAAUAGGAUGUUUUCCAACUGACAUUCAGAAAUGAGCACCCGAUUAAAGUUCCUAGUCCAUCACUUGCACCAGGUAGGGUUCCAAUGUAUAAUGAAUCAAGUGAUCGCGAGAUAAGCUAAUCGAAACAGCACAAAUAUGAAGGAAAACAGUUUCUGCUUUCUUAAGGUAUCAAUAUUUUUGAAGUUUGGAGGCUUAUGUCAAUCUAUGACAAUUGUUCGAAUUGUUGUAUCCAAGUAUGCAUUAUACAUUCAAUUGAGCGAAUGACACGUGUGCCAACGAAUUUCGAAGAGUUUGGCGUGGUUUUCUCUCAUUGAUCUUUAAUAUGAAAGUGUGAGGCACCUGUUCGUUGACUAAUUGAGUCCAUUCUCCAAGGUUUUAGUAGACAUUGGGUCGCUAUAAUUUGCUCUUCUGGAUAAGAAACAAACAGUCAUUGAAGGGAGAAGAAAGUGUACAAAAACCAAGUUUCUAGGUUGGAAUAAUUUUCCCUUGACUGGUAUGUUGAUAAGUUUGUUUUUGUAGAUACCAGAGAAGAUCUCUGUGUGAAUAUAAAGGUUCGUACUUUUCCCUUUUUAGUUCUUGGCUAUACAAGCAUCUUCAAAAUUUUGAAGAAAACUUGAGAAAUCAAUAGAAUUUGAUUGCAGAUUAAGAAAACUUAAGAGACCGGUUCAAUUGGGUAGAUGAAAAAAGGAAAGAAAAGAAAAAUAUUUGUAAACAUACGGUACGUUUGAAGAAUUUGUUUAUACUUAUGGAGACCAUUUUAUUGCUAAGGAAAUCGAGGAAAAGAAAACAAAGAACUAAUUAAGAGUUGUUUGAGUUGUUUAUAGAGAGAGGACUUGGUAAAAACAACUAAUAUUUUUGUUUAUCUAAUGGUUGUUAUUUGCUUUACUGAGAAUGUAGCUUUUAUUGUGAUUAGUUUCGGGUUUUGGAGCAGAUAUUUGUGUCCCGAGCCGUAUCUAGUAGAUUUUGGAGAUAUAGUGCAUUUUCAUUUAAUAGACGUAAUUCUUUUUACCAUUGUUUUGUGUAUAAUUAUGCAACUUAUAUAUUAUGAUGUGACAGAUUGUUUCGCUACCAAUGCAUCAACAUAUAUUAAAAAGAAAUAUUUAAAGAGGGCUGGAAUCCAGUCAAAGUUGGGAUGCUAGGCCCUCACGCCCAUAUUAUAUUAUUGAAGAAAAAACAUUACAACAAGGGGGACAUAGUACCUAAACUCCGAUGAUCAAUAGAAAAAUUAUAUACAACCACUCCAAGCAGUUAACAUGGCCAUCACAUAUUGAAUUUGAAUCCAAAAGGUUGACGUAUUAUUUGCUGCAUAUGACUAAUUGAAAAGAAGGAAAUUAAAGAGAGAUUCAUAAAAAUAUUUUAAGUUGAAAGUGUGGACGACGAAAGGGUAUUAUGGUCCAAUCAUUAAAGCUCCCUAUAUAAAAACACCUAAUUAGCGCUCUCCUGCCCAGAAGCCCCAAAUUCUCUCUCUCUCUCUCUCACACACACAAACAAAACCAUGGAGGACCGCUGACUCGAAGACACCAGGUCCAAUUUCAAGUCCCUUGACGGACCGAAGAAGCUCCGAGAUAUGAAGAAAACGGGUGUUAAAGACUCUCGGACUCAACUCAAAAAAGAAAGGGUGGUUGAAGAGGCUAUGGCUCGACUCCAACUUGACGAGGAGAAUACUACUAUUCCAAAAUCACAACCCCUUGUAAAGUUUGCUAGACCUUUCAAAUUCACAGUCCCUUGUGAAGUUUGCGGAGUGGUUGGCCACUAUAAUGAUAGAUGCCCCUACAUCGAAGUAGGCCUCCCAGACAACGUAACUGAGGCUCCCAAGGGCUAUGAAAUAGUUACCUUACGUGGUGGGAAGCGUGCUGUUAGGAUCAUGUUUUGUGGUUGUUGUAAAAUGCUCCGUGACCACAAGAUCAAGGACUGCCCGAAUAAGAGCAAGAUGACUGCAAUAAUGAACUCUAUUCUGAAGGCUGCUCGCCCUCCUGCAGGUCCGCUGACCACAGGAUCUUGCUGAUGCUGAGGAUUGGGAUGCUGCCGCUGUUGGAUGGUUUAUAUCUAGUCUUGUCUUGGAAUGUUGCUGUCCUCUUUAUAUUCUUUGGGUUUUAGCACUCAGUAGUCGGUCUGUAUGUACGUAUGUCAUGUAUGUCUUUGAACACGCACGUUCCGUCCGCUGUCAUUCUAGUGGUAGUUGUGUCUCUUUAUAUACUAGGAAUAUUCUAAUGUUGUUAUUUCUGAGUGGAAAAACCCUCUGCUUGUCUUGGUUUUGGAUGACACACAACUAACUUGGUGACAUUAAUGAAACAAGAAGGAUCGAUCCUGUUUCAUGGACCAA